AUGAUAAAAUAUCUUCGUGAAAAGAUUAUUGGUCAUCCAGCAGUCUUUUCUCGUGCUGGUGAUAUACCCAUAGAUGAUAAUAUAUCAUCUAUGCAAAGAACAAAUUCUCAAAAUAGUUUAAACGAUAUUAUGUCAAUAACUACAAAUUCAAAUGAUUCAACCAAUACGGAUCGACCUAUAAGUCAGGUAGAAAAAUUAAUCGCUGCUGGCGGUGUUGGUGGAAUAAAUAUGGUUCGUCGACCAGUAUCAUCGUCAUCACCAAUAAUUAUUCCAAAAAAGCCACCACGUUCAAAUACAUCAUCACAAAGUUCUUCAUCAUAUACAUCAGUAGCUGAUCAAAUGUCUUCGUUUGGUGAAUCAUCAAUACUAAACGAUGAUGGUGUAUCAAUUCCAACGUUACCAUCAGCAUGUCAACAACUAGAACAUUCAGCUGCACGAGAUCGUAUAUCAGUUAAAAAUAAACGACGACAACCAAUUAAACAAAAAUUGAGUACACUUCGAGAAACGGAUGAUAAUGAUAUAGAUUUAUUUUCAUCGAAAACAGAAGCUAUAUCAUCAACACCGGAAGAGGAACAAUCAAUGUUUAUAACAACACAUGUUGAGGUAAAUAUUAGAGUAGUUUCAAUCAUAUGUUCAAAUAAAAUAUGUAAAUUCUUCGAAUUUAGUUACAUAAAAAAAGAUAAAGCAAUGUCAUAAGUUUUGUGUCUGAUAUCAUAUUUAUUUUUUAUUUCGACAAAAAGAAAACGAUAGUCAUGAAUGUUUAUCUUUAAAGAUCAAAUUCAUUAACGUUGUAAAACAAAAGAAAGUAGAAUUAUUUUGCGAUACUUGAAAAUAUAUGUAUAUAGUCAAGCUUCUAUCAGUAUGAUGACCUUGAGAUCAUUCAAAUCUUUUACUACACCGUUAAAACAUUGAUUGUGAUAUUUUUUAGGAUAAGAAAGUAAAAGUGUCAGUCCUUUAAUGAUAAAUGAGUUUAAAUGAUAUAAUGUCCUCGUUUUCAAGGUUCUU